GGGGGGUGGUGGUUUGCACAUUUUUAUCACUUGUUUUAAACACACACGCAACUUACAGUCCCAUACACGGUAUAUAUCUCACAAUAUGCUUAGAGUUUCAUUCAAGAACGUUGUUCGUUCAAGUUACAUCAAGAGUAUACCCACAUUUACCCGUUUCUACUCGGUCCCUAAAUUCGAAAUGACUCCAGGUCCACCAAGACUCCCCAAAGAACAGCAAGAAGAAUUUGAAAAGUUACAAAAUAUAGCCAACUCCCAAAUCGCUAUAGAAGAAUAUAAUGACAGUUUGAAAGCUGGUGAACCCGUUGGGGAACAACCUGUGGAUUUCAAGCCACCUACUUUACAAUCAGACAUUGGCAGUAUUGCUUAUUUGAAGACCAUUCCUGAAUUUGAAGGGGAAGUUAAUCCCAAGACGGGUGAGAUUGGAGGACCCAAACAAGAUCCUUUGAAGCAUGGUGAUGAGUGGAGUUAUAAUGGGAGAGUCAUUGAUUUUUAAUCUGCACACAAACAGUACCACUGCUCAGCACUGUUUUAUAGAAAAUUUCAUAUGUAUGUGCCAGGAUGAUCACUGCAUAAUAAGAAGUAUGAGUAGUAUAUAUGAUCUAUGUGUUAAUAUAAAUAUAGCUAUAUACCUUGUACUGGUAAUGUAGAGAUAGCCUUGCAACCAAACGGUUUAUGUCAAACUUAAAACAAUGAUGCCAAAAAAGAUUUUUUAACCAUCACUAACAAAGUCCACACUCACAACCACAUUUAGAUGGACUUUGAUCCGUUGUCUUUAUUCACGCCUCCACCUGCGGUAGAAGAGGAACAUGAGCAAGUUUCCUUAACUUCAAAAGCAAGUGUCGGACCAGAUGCCAAACCAAUAUCACCAGACUCAAUACCACAUGACGAUGAUGAUGAUGAUGAUUAUUCACUUCCACUUCAUCCACUUGAUUUGCCGUUAUUAAAACUUCAACCACCAUUUGAAGUGUUGAUUACCAUUCUUAAACUAUUUGCGCCUAAUGAAGUAUUCAACUUUAAUGUGGAAGAGCCAAGUGAUAUAGAAUUCAUAGAUCCAAACACGGUCUUUACCGAGAAAUCAAUAGAUGAGUCUACAAUAUCCAUCGCUUUAUCAUGGUUGGCAACUUAUACUCCCAGAUUUAACACGAUAAAGAAACUAGCAUAUAUACCAACAUUAGCUGACUCAUUCAAAAAAACAUACUCCAACGAAUUCAAUGCAUACUUCACUAGACUAAUAUCAUCUCCGUUAUUGUGGAUAACAGAUCCAUCUCAAAUUCACAAACUUGCCGCAUUACGUAUAAGUGAAAAUUGUGGACGGACUGCACAGCCUGAAAUUAUCCGAAAGAUACGCCUACCCAACCUCGACAAACUUCUCGGUAAUGUAAACAACGGAUACAUCUUAUUAAAAGAACCUUCAUUGACUAGUGACAACUUAGGAUUGAAAACGUGGGGAUCAUCGCUAGUAUUAGCCAAUCGACUCUUAAAUAAUAAUGAUGGAUACUUGACAAAUAAGGUUUUGGAAUUAGGCGCAGGUACAGGAUUAGUAGGCAUGAUUUGUUCCUUGCUUGGUUAUGAGACUUUGUUGACGGAUUUACCCGAGAUUGUUCCCAAUUUACAAGAAAAUAUCCAAUUGAAUGAGAUAAAGCUGGAUGCAUGUGCUUUAGAUUGGACCGACCCUAGUUCGUUUAUAGAAAAGUAUGGAAAUACCAAGUUUGAUACGAUUGUUGUUAGUGAUCCUAUUUAUUCACCACAACAUCCUUACUGGGUGGUUAAUAUGAUCAAUCAAUUUCUUUCAGCUAGUCCUGAUGCCAGGGUAGUCAUUCAAAUACCAUUACGCGCUCAGUAUGAACAGGAAAGACAGACAUUAUGGGAUUUGCUCGAGUCUUCCAACUUCACACAACUACAACACGAAAUCGAAGAUGGAUUUGAUGAUUUCGGAGAAAUGAAAUUCUGCUUUAAACUCUAUUCUAGAUAAAUAAUUAUGUAUUAUUACAAAUAAUCCUUUAAUUUCUUUAAUCUGUCAAUAGCAUCUUGUAAAAUGGAAUCAUCUUUACAAACGGCAAAUCUGAUACAAUUUUCCAAUCCGUUGCCCUUUCUAUUGCCUUCAGUAAGAAACUCAGUUGGUGGGAUACCCACAACUCCAAUCUCCUUAAUUAACCAGUAUGCCAAUUUGAAAUCUAAGGUACCUCUAUCGGCAAUAGGAGCAGGGAAUUCAUAAUCCUUUGGAAUCUUAAGUUUCAGUAAGUUAACAAGAAGGAAGUACCCACCUUGUGCAGUAGUAUAUGGUAAUCCCAAAUCAUCAAACACUUUAGUAAACAAUUCGUAUUUCUUGGUGUAUUCCUGUCUGGUCUUUUCGAAAUAGUUCAACUUAUCAGCUUGUUCAAACCCAGUAGCAACAGCUUGUUGUAAUGGAGCUGGCACCGAAAAACAAAUUCUGGUAUGGGCAGCAGUGACAAAUUUGAUCAAAGGAGCUGGACCUUGAAUGUAUCCCACUCUCCAGCCUGUGGCGGCAAAUGACUUACCAGCUGACCCCACGGUUAAAGUUCUCUCAGCCAAUUCUGGUAAUUGUUUCAAUGCUGCUGGUCUUGGGAACUUGUCUUGGAAAUAUAAGUUUUCGUAAACUUCAUCACUAACCAAGAUCAAGUUAUGAUCAAUGGCGAUCUUACCAAUCUUGACCAAUUCAUCUUCAGUAAGGAUUUUUCCAAUUGGGUUAUGUGGUGUGUUUAUAACAAUAAGCUUGGUCUUGUCAGUGAUUGCACUCUCCAACCCUUCCCAGUCGAUUUCCCAAUCUUCCCCGGAAACAGUCUCGUUGUCAAACUUCUUAGGAUACUUGAUUUGAACAUACUUGAUCUUAGCACCCGUCAUUUCAAUAUUUGGAAUGUAUUGGUCAAAGAAUGGUUCAAACACAAUAACUUCAUCACCAGGAGUCAAGAACCCAAAGAAAACCGAAAACAUACCUUCGUUGGCCCCGGUAGUGAUUUGAACCUCACUAAUGUCAACUGGUCGUCCAUACGCUUUGGAAUAAUGAUCAGCAACUUGCUUCAACAAGUUGGGAUUUCCUCUAGCAGAAGCGUACUGAUUGUAUUGCGGCUUACUUAAAGCAUCACCCAUGGCAUCAAUCACGAAUUCGGGUGGAUUGUACGAGAAAAACCCCUGGCCCAAAUUGACGAUUGGCUUCCCCGAUUCUUGUUGGGCUUGGGCAGCGGUUUCGUUGAUAAGCGACCAGAUAUCUUUUUGACCUGGUUUCUGGUAGAAGUAUGGAUUGUGGAGUGCUACUGGGUCGGACAUUCUGUGGUAUCGUCUAAUGAAUUGAAUAAGUCUUUUACUCAUGAAGAAAAACGUGUAUUAUUCAUC